AACUGGGGGCGUUUUUACUUCCCGAUCGAUGAUGCCGUGAACUUAUUUGCGGAGGUUGAUAGUCGUCGGUAACUUCUAUAUAGCAUAGCGUUGGCGUUUGGUUUCCUUUACAUAUCUUGAGAUACCCAUGGAUGAAUUCGAUCCGAUUCUAAACAAACUCGAACCCUCAUACAUUCUGUCUGUACCAUGGAAAAACAACCAGGGCUCGUGGUCCAGUGGUCAAGACGCUCACACUAUGCGACCGACCGCCGCUCAGAGCGGCUCUGAAGACCACUUCGGCGAAGUGUGUGAGAAGAUGGUGCAUGAUGCACUAGUGUGAGGGGUGAUGUGAGAGACGUGCGUUCGAAUCGCACCGAGCCCGGCUUCUU